AUGAAGGCUGUUCGUAACCUGCUGAUUUAUAUAUUUUCCACCUAUCUCCUGGUUAUGUUUGGAUUUAAUGCUGCCCAAGACUUCUGGUGUUCAACUUUGGUGAAGGGAGUCAUUUAUGGAUCCUAUUCUGUAAGUGAAAUGUUUCCCAAAAACUUUACAAACUGCACUUGGACGCUGGAAAAUCCAGAUCCAACCAAAUAUAGCAUUUACCUGAAAUUUUCCAAAAAAGACCUUAGCUGCUCUAACUUUUCCCUUCUGGCUUAUCAGUUUGAUCAUUUUUCCCAUGAAAAAAUAAAGGAUCUUUUGAGAAAGAACCAUUCUAUAAUGCAACUCUGCAGUUCCAAGAAUGCUUUUGUUUUUCUACAGUAUGAUAAAAAUUUUAUUCAGAUACGUCGAGUAUUUCCAACUGAUUUUCCGGGAUUACAGAAAAAGGGCGAAGAAGAUCAGAAAUCUUUUUUUGAGUUUUUGGUACUGAACAAGGUGAGCCCAAGCCAGUUUGGGUGCCAUGUCUUAUGCACUUGGUUGGAGAGUUGCUUAAAAUCAGAAAAUGGGAGACCAGAGGCUUGUGGACUGAUGUACACAAAGUGCACCUGCCCUCAGCAUUUGGGAGAGUGGGGAAUUGAUGACCAGUCGCUGGUUUUGUUGAAUAACGUCGUGUUACCCCUGAAUGAGCAGACGGAGGGCUGCCUGACUCAGGAGCUGCAAACUACUCAAGUCUGCAAUCUGACCAGGGAGGCUAAAAGACCACCCAAAGAAGAAUUUGGAAUGAUGGGAGAUCAUACAAUUAAAAGUCAGCGACCUCGAUCUGUCCAUGAGAAAAGGGUCCCUCAGGAACAAGCUGAUGCUGCUAAAUUUAUGGCACAAACUGGUGAAUCUGGUGUGGAAGAGUGGUCCCAGUGGAGCACAUGCUCAGUUACUUGUGGUCAAGGGUCGCAGGUGCGAACCAGAACUUGUGUAUCACCUUACGGGACACACUGCAGCGGCCCAUUAAGAGAAUCAAGGGUUUGCAAUAACACUGCCCUCUGUCCAGUACAUGGAGUUUGGGAGGAAUGGUCACCUUGGAGCUUAUGCUCGUUUACAUGUGGCCGAGGCCAAAGAACACGAACCAGGUCAUGCACACCUCCUCAGUAUGGAGGGAGGCCCUGUGAAGGCCCUGAGACGCAUCACAAGCCCUGUAAUAUUGCUCUCUGUCCAGUUGAUGGACAGUGGCAGGAAUGGAGUUCAUGGAGCCACUGCUCGGUGACAUGUUCCAAUGGAACCCAGCAGAGGAGCCGGCAAUGCACGGCAGCUGCUCACGGAGGCUCUGAGUGCAGAGGACCAUGGGCAGAAAGCAGAGAGUGCUACAACCCCGAAUGUACAGCCAAUGGUCAGUGGAAUCAAUGGGGUCACUGGAGCGGAUGUUCCAAGUCCUGUGAUGGAGGCUGGGAGAGGCGAGUGAGGACGUGUCAGGGUGCAGCUUUAACAGGACAGCAGUGUGAAGGAACAGGGGAGGAAGUGAGACGGUGCAGUGAGCAGCGGUGCCCAGCACCUUAUGAAAUAUGCCCAGAGGAUUAUCUGAUAUCAAUGGUGUGGAAAAGGACUCCUGCAGGAGACCUGGCAUUCAAUCAAUGUCCACUGAAUGCCACAGGCACCACUAGCAGACGCUGCUCUCUCAGUCUUCAUGGAGUGGCCUUCUGGGAACAGCCGAGCUUUGCAAGAUGCAUAUCCAAUGAGUACAGACACUUGCAGCAUUCAAUUAAAGAGCACCUUGCGAAGGGGCAGCGGAUGCUGGCAGGUGAUGGAAUGUCCCAGGUCACCAAGACGCUGUUGGAUUUGACGCAGAGGAAGAAUUUCUAUGCAGGUGAUCUUCUAGUGUCUGUGGAAAUCCUCAGAAACGUGACAGAUACGUUUAAAAGGGCAAGUUACAUUCCUGCAUCGGAUGGUGUCCAGAACUUCUUCCAAAUAGUUAGCAACCUUCUAGAUGAAGAAAACAAGGAGAAGUGGGAAGAUGCCCAGCAGAUUUAUCCAGGCUCAAUAGAGUUAAUGCAGGUGAUUGAAGAUUUUAUACACAUUGUUGGAUUGGGGAUGAUGGACUUUCAAAACUCAUACCUAAUGACUGGAAAUGUAGUGGCUAGUAUUCAGAAGCUUCCCGCAGCCUCUGUCCUAACAGACAUCAACUUCCCCAUGAAGGGUAGGAAAGGAAUGGUGGACUGGGCAAGAAAUUCAGAAGAUCGAGUCGUUAUCCCAAAAAGCAUUUUUACUCCUGUGUCAUCAAAAGAAUUGGAUGAGUCAUCUGUGUUUGUUCUUGGAGCAGUCCUAUAUAAAAACUUAGACCUCAUUUUACCCACUUUGAGAAAUUAUACUGUCGUUAAUUCUAAAAUCAUCGUGGUCACAAUCAGGCCUGAACCCAAAACCACUGAUUCAUUUUUGGAGAUAGAGCUAGCUCACUUGGCGAAUGGCACUUUGAAUCCCUAUUGUGUGUUAUGGGAUGACUCAAAAUCGAACGAGUCUUUGGGAACGUGGUCCACCCAGGGAUGUAAAACUGUGCUUACCGAUGCAUCCCAUACGAAAUGCUUAUGUGAUCGGCUCUCUACCUUCGCCAUUUUGGCUCAGCAACCUAGAGAAAUAGUCAUGGAAUCUUCUGGGGCCCCUUCAGUAACUCUCAUAGUAGGCAGUGGCCUCUCCUGCCUAGCCUUGAUCACCCUGGCCGUUGUCUAUGCAGCGCUAUGGAGGUACAUCCGCUCUGAGAGGUCCAUAAUUCUAAUUAACUUCUGCCUGUCUAUCAUCUCAUCCAAUAUUCUCAUACUAGUUGGACAGACCCAGACGCACAAUAAGAGCAUCUGUACGACCACCACUGCGUUCUUGCAUUUUUUCUUCCUGGCUUCAUUCUGUUGGGUUUUGACAGAAGCGUGGCAGUCAUAUAUGGCUGUAACUGGAAAAAUCAGGACGCGGCUUAUACGGAAACGCUUUCUGUGCCUUGGAUGGGGACUGCCAGCUUUAGUAGUAGCCACCUCUGUAGGCUUCACCAGGACGAAGGGAUACGGCACGGAUCACUACUGCUGGCUGUCACUUGAAGGAGGACUGCUCUACGCCUUCGUUGGACCUGCAGCCGCUGUUGUCCUGGUCAACAUGGUGAUUGGCAUUUUGGUAUUUAAUAAACUUGUUUCCAGAGAUGGAAUCCUAGAUAAAAAGCUCAAACACAGAGCCGGUCAGAUGAGUGAGCCUCAUAGCGGUUUGACGCUCAAAUGUGCCAAGUGUGGAGUAGUUUCUACAACAGCUUUGUCAGCCACCACCGCCAGUAAUGCCAUGGCCUCACUCUGGAGCUCCUGUGUAGUACUGCCCCUUCUGGCUCUGACAUGGAUGUCUGCAGUUCUGGCCAUGACAGACAAACGUUCCAUAUUGUUCCAAAUCCUUUUUGCUGUGUUUGAUUCAUUACAAGGCUUCGUGAUAGUCAUGGUCCAUUGCAUUCUUCGGAGAGAGGUACAAGAUGCAUUUAGAUGCCGGUUGAGAAACUGUCAGGAUCCCAUCAAUGCUGAUUCUUCAAGUUCUUUUCCUAAUGGACAUGCUCAAAUCAUGACAGACUUUGAAAAGGAUGUAGACAUUGCUUGUCGAUCAGUGCUCCAUAAGGAGAUUGGUCCUUGCCGAGCAGCAACCAUAACAGGAACACUCUCCAGGAUCUCUCUAAACGACGACGAGGAAGAAAAGGGAACGAACCCUGAAGGGCUAAGCUAUUCAACAUUGCCUGGGAAUGUCAUUUCCAAGGUCAUCAUCCAACAGCCUACAGGUCUGCACAUGCCCAUGAGUAUGAAUGAGCUGAGCAGUCAGUGUCUGAAAAAGGAGAACAAUGAGCUGCGGAGAACUGUGUACUUAUGCACGGAUGACAAUUUAAGAGGGGCUGAUAUGGACAUAGUCCACCCUCAAGAGAGAAUGAUGGAAAGUGACUACAUCGUGAUGCCUCGAAGCUCUGUAAAUACUCAGCCGUCGAUGAAAGAGGAAAGCAAGAUGAAUAUUGGCAUGGAAACCUUGCCGCACGAAAGGCUAUUGCACUACAAGGUGAAUCCUGAAUUCAGUAUGAAUCCCCCUGUCAUGGACCAGUUCAAUAUGAACUUAGAUCAGCAUCUUGCACCCCAGGAACAUAUGCAGAAUUUACCCUUUGAACCUCGCACGGCUGUGAAGAAUUUCAUGGCCUCCGAGUUGGAUGAUAAUGCAGGACUGUCAAGAAGCGAAACUGGAUCUACGAUAUCCAUGAGUUCUCUAGAGAGAAGAAAAUCACGGUAUUCCGACCUUGACUUUGAGAAGGUCAUGCACACGAGGAAGAGACACAUGGAAUUGUUUCAGGAACUCAAUCAGAAGUUUCAGACUUUGGACAGAUUUCGGGACAUACCAAAUACAAGCAGUAUGGAGAACCCUGCAGCAAACAAGAACCCCUGGGACACUUUCAAGGCCCCCAGCGAAUACCCACAUUACACCACAAUCAAUGUCUUAGACUCGGAGGCAAAGGAUGCUCUGGAGCUGAGGCCUGCAGAGUGGGAGAAAUGUCUGAAUUUGCCUCUGGACGUGCAAGAGGGUGACUUUCAAACAGAAGUGUAA